ACCUCCGUCGGCCGUGUAGCCUCUCGUCUUUCAACCUCAGUUUUUCCACGAAAAAACCCUUGCCGUGGGCCCCGCAUGCAAAUGGGCGCUUUGUGAGGAUGGGCUCACAUGGUUCCCACUAAGCCCGAUGGGGCAGGAGCCAGAGCACCCCCACUUCAGUGGGGGAGACUGAGGAUGAGAGGACAGCACGUGCUGUGCUGGGCACAUGCGAUGCGGAGGCAGAACUGGAACCCAGGACCCCCAGUCCGGUCCUGGGCGCGGGUAGCCUAGGCUGGCCCCUGGCGGGGGUCCAGCCCCUCCCAACGCACUCGGGAAGCCACGGCCGGGCAGGGCGGAGCCGUGGGUGUCCCUGGCGCCCCAAGGUGCCAAUUAAAUGCUCGUGGCUGUCUGGGGCCAGAGCUGUGGACGGAGGCAUGGCCGAGCUGGGGCCAGAGCCGGGACGCGCCUGGCGGGUGCUAGCCCUGUGCGGGGCUGCGGUGUUCCUGGCUGCCGCGGCAGCCGGCGGGGCCCUGCUGGCCUGGAAUCUGGCCUCCUCGGCCUCCCGGGGACCUCGCUGCCCGGAGGCAGGUGCCAACGCCACGGCGCCCCCCAGGGACCUGGCGCCAGAGGUCGAGGAGCUGCGGCGCCAGCUGGCAGAGGCUACCCAACGCCAGGAGGCCCUGGCCAGACAGCUGAACCAGGCCAACCGUGCCCGUCGGGAGCUGGAGGAGGCACUAAGGGCCUGUGAGGGCCGCCAGAGCCGGCUUCAGACCCAACUGAUGACCCUGAAGACUGAGAUCGAGGAGGCCAAGGCACAGGGGACCCAGAUGGGGGCUGAGAACGGGGCCCUCACAGAAGCGCUGGCGCGCUGGGAGGCGGCGGCCACGGAGUCUGCGCGGCGGCUGGACGAGGCACAGCAGCGCGCACGCGCGGCCGAGGCCGAGGGCGAAGCUUGCGCGGCCCGGGAGGCGGCGCUGCGCGAACGCGCUAAAGCCCUGGAAGCCGAGAUGGGCCCUCAGCGCAGAGUGCCGCACCCCCGAUCCCGCUCCGGGUCCCGACCGCGACCCAGCCCCCGCUCACGUUCUCGCCCAAGAACUUCGGGGGGCUGCCGGCGGCCGGCGCGGCGCGCUCGAGGGUGAGUCGGCCCCUAGCAGGAUGAGGGCCCGAGGCCGGGAGGGCACACAAUGUGGCGGCCCUGCUGGGACCCAUAUAGAGGUGUCCACGCUGGAUGAGAUGCCCAGUCGACAGCCAUCAACGCUCAGCUUUGGACCCAGGAGCCACUCUGAACGGAAUCUACAGAAAGGAGACUCGACUCUCUCUCCCCAACCAACUAAUGCUUUUUUUUACAGAUGGGGAAACUAAGGCCCAUUCAAUGACCCAAUGAGAUAGUGCUGAUUUGAGACUUCAGUCCCUUCUGAUGACAGUGUUGCUUCAUCCCACAGGCAUGAAGAGUUAGGGUGCAGCCCUGGCUCAGGGGUGACCUGGAAGGGUCACUUCUCCUCUCUGGGCCUCAGUUUACCUUGUCUGUGUAUCCAGUGAUUAGAAUCAUGUUUGGCGAGCCAGCCUAUCCUUGACAACACAGACCGACCAAGAUGGCACAAUGGGAAAACUACAGACCCCUCUAGCUACGAGGAGGGUACAGAAGUCCCAAAUGGAAUUUUUAGCAAAAGAGAAUUAAGCACCACAUUUUAAAAAUACAUCACAACCAAGGGGCCUUAUACCUGAGAUGCAGGGAUGGCUCAAUAUUCAGAAGUCUGCUAAUAAGAUUUACCAUGGUGAGGGAUCAAACGAGAAAAGUUCUGAAAAGGCCUCAAAAUGAGGGCGAACGUGAGGAUGACCACUGUGGAGUAUUUAAUAUUGUUCUGGAGGUACUAGCCAACGCACUUAGAGAAGAAAAAGAAAGAAGGGGUAUGGAUAGUAGGAGAGUGGUAGGGAAAUUGCAGUUUGGAUCGUGGGUAAGCCCUGUUUACAUAGGUCAAAAAUAAUAGAAAUACCAACAAUUCCAUAUGGCUCAAUUUCACAUUAAUUUCGUCUCUUACCUUAUAUUCGACAUACCUUCAGACUU